AUGCUGCGGGAUCGAAUAAUAAUUGGCGUACAGGACAAGAAACUCCAGCUGAAGCUUUUGGAUGGACGAGAUGACCCACUGACGAAAAUUGUUGAAACCUGUAAGGUAUUUGAAGCUGCUUUUGAGAAUAAACUUAUUCUUGACCAUAAAGUAAACCUGAUUGAUGUGAAAUUAGCUGAAAAGCAGCCGAAUGAAGGGAAAAAAGAGAUUGCUGCCAUCGCUCGCAGACAGUGUUACAAUUGUGGAAAGCCGUUUAAUCAAAAUCACCGUCGCAGCUGCCCGGCGGUUAAUGCUAAAUGUUUUGCGUGUGGAAAUCCAGGCCACUUCAGUAAUUGCUGUCGUCGUAAAUCGGAGAAAGCGGACAACAGUGCAAAGCUACCGACAAAACUCGAACAACAAGAUGAACAAAAAUCAGUAUUUACAGUAAAUUGGAGUGAUGCAGUAAAUGUAAGCUGGAGUGAAGGAGAAACGAGACUAAUGUUGGCUUUAUACCGCGAGUAUUUCGCUGAAGUAGGUCCAUUAAAGAAGUUCAAAACCAAAAAGGCCUUAUGGCAAGAAAUGAGAAGACAAAUGAACUUGAGAUUAGGAUCAAAUUUCAGCGAAAAUCAGAUUGAAAACAAAUUCAAAACAAUAUCUAGAAGGCAUAAAAGAUUGGUCGAUAACAAUCGGAAAAGUGGAGCUUCCCGAAUGAACUCUAAAUUUGCAGAUGAGUUUAGGGAAAUAGCUGCAAUGGACGAUUCCUUGAAGCCGGAGUCAACGAUGGACACAACAUCCAUACAAAUGAAGGACAGCCCAAAACAAUCGCGAAAAACGAGUCCAGACCCCGGAACAAACCCCGGCCAAUCUAAAAUCGCAGUGCAGCGCGCAAUGCUGGAAGCCUACGAGGAAAACCAACGAGCGAAAGAAAAACGGCACAGGGAACGAAUGGAGAGGAUCGAUGCAAUUACCACGGUGUUAAAUAAAAUAGCAGACAAACUAUAGAUCUUUGCUUCGAUUGGAAUCGUCUGUUGUUGUCACAUUUGUUAAAUAAUUUUAUAAAUACACAAGCAUAUGCAUACACACACUCCGACGCACACACACGCAUAUACAAACCACACACACACAUACAUUCACACACUCAUACAUACACACACAUACACUCACACACACAUACAUACACACAACUCACACACACAUACACUCACACACACAUAGACUCACAUACACAUACCCACUCACACACACAUACCCAUUCACAUACAUACAUACACACGUAAGCAAAGUUGUUUAAUAAUUAUUUAAAGCUAUCGGUUAAAGAAUCGCGUUUUAUUUCACCAAGCCUGCGAAGAGCAUCGUUUCGGCGAUUUUCACUACUUGCAGUUCCUGUGCACUGCUGGGUUGGCUCACCAUUGUCUAAAAUUGUAGAAAGAAUAUACAUCACAAGGUUGUAAGUUUUUAUAAUAGGAUCAAACUGAUCGAUUUACAUAUAUUUGUCAACAAGGUUGCAUGUUAAAUUUUAGGGUGUCAAUUCCAUUCAAUUGACCGCGUGUCGAUAGCUCGCUCUACAAGUACAAUUUUGAGAAACGAUUCAUGACAAACUUGCAGUACUACUUAGAGAUUACAAGUUUGUCAUCGUUUCUCAAAAUUGUACUUGUGGAGUGAGCUAUCGGCACGCGACGAAAAACCACCCCAAAAUUGAAUAUGCAACCUUGUUUAGCAAAGUAAAAAACUGUGGCAAGUUUAAUGCUAAGUACAUUUAGAAUUUUCUACUUGAUUGCGUUAAGCGCUAGAAGCUCUACGUCAUACAUAAGUAUCCUAGUCAGAAAAUCUUCAAAAGACAUUGUUGCUUAACGAGAUAGUACAAAAACAUGUUGAUUUAGUACAAAAACCAUGUUGUUUCCAGAGGAUUCCUGCUUAAAAGUCGUCGGACGCAAUAAUAGAGUAAAAAAAA